AUGAUUACUGAAAAUUACUCGCUUUUGCAGCUGGUAAACACAUUCUUCAGCUUCCUGAGACGCAAGACUGAUUUCUUCACUGGUGGUGAUCCAGGUGCAGCAGAGAAGCUAAUCACAGAAAGAUUAAAGCAUCACAGCCGAUUAGCAGAGCAAGCUCAGAAAGAAAAACGAGCAAAGCAAGAUGCAGAGCUCCGUGAGAAAGCUGAACGUGCAGCAAAACUUGCUGAGGAGAAGAAGAAACUUGAACAAACUGAAUCAAGAAUCAAGGAACUCACAGAUGAAGAGGCUGAGAAACUACAGCAAGAGCUUGAUAAGGAUAACACAGAGUCAGAUGGAGAAGAAGAUGAGAAAGACAAAGGCAAACUGAAACCAAAUUCUGGUAAUGGUGCUGACCUGCCCAAUUAUAGAUGGACUCAAACCCUUGCAGAAGUGGAUCUGAUAGUUCCCUUUCAAGUGGGCUUCCGACUGAAAGGGAAAGAUGUGGUGGUAGAAAUCCAACGAAGACAUCUAAAGGUGGGACUAAAAGGCCAUCCUCCAGUCAUUGAUGGUGAUAUGUACAAUGAAAUUAAGGUAGAGGAGAGUUCCUGGCUCAUUGAUGAUGGGAAAAUAGUUACAGUUCACUUGGAGAAGAUCAACAAAAUGGAAUGGUGGAGCAGGAUAGUUGCAACAGACCCUGAAAUCAACACCAAAAAGGUCAACCCAGAGAAUUCUAAGUUAUCAGAUUUGGAUGGUGAGACACGAAGUAUGGUCGAAAAGAUGAUGUAUGAUCAGAGGCAGAAGUCCAUGGGUCUUCCUACCUCAGAUGAGCAGAAGAAACAGGACAUCUUGAAGAAAUUCAUGGCGCAGCAUCCAGAAAUGGACUUUUCCAAAGCAAAGUUCAGUUAAAACUCUUGUGGCUGCUGAAAUUGUUGCCCUACUCAUGUCUGGUAGAACAUGCUGCUGUGUCCAGAAACUUGCCUUCCAGUUAAUAAUUAUCUCAUGCUGCCAUCUAGAACUGAACUUUGUUAAAGUUAUGUUUGUGACUCGAUUUAUUUAAUCAGAGCAAAUUAUUGGAACUUUGGAGACUGCAUUAUUUUCUGGUGUACUGCUUGUGGAUGCUGUGAGCUGGUUGCAUGGAGAGCAGUUUCAAGUGCAAUAGUUUCUCCUUUGAAUUAAAAUGGUCACACUUAUUGGAAGUAGAGAAUAAUUUGUCACAGCUUUGUGUCUGCUGGAGGAUAUCAUUGCUAAAAUACUUCUAAAUGUCUUUUCUUUUUCAAAGGAAAGAACUGCAAAUAAGUUAAGAUUAAAGUUUUUUUUAGGACCA